CAGUGGGACAGUAUUUCGUAGAAGCGCAACAGGAGCGGUGAUAUUGCAGCAUGCAAUACGAGUCUGACAGUACGAUGUUCGGCGGUUUUUUGUUUUGCCUCUCGGCUGUGGUGCGAGAUGUCGCUCAAGUCGUUUCCGGUGCGAGCGUCUGCGUCUGCUUUUUAUCAAGCAGUGUAUCAAGCUUCAAGCCCGUCGAACGCGAACGGCGAUUGUGUUGUGGAGUGGAGCUUUUUCUGUCGAGCCACGCCGAAGGCCGCACACAGGCGCCAACUGAUCUCUAAGACUGCACGCAAAUUUCUCGGUUCCUGUGCUUGCAGACAGAUGCCAGAGGCGCUGAAAGACAGGUUGUAACAUGAAGACAGGCACAAAAGCCUGCACGACGUCAUAUCGAGGAGGCUCCUCAAAUUCAUGUAUUGCGCUGUAGUGGUCUACAAGGCAGACGAACAUCUCGUCGUUGCGGGGCCAGGUGACUCAGGCUUGGAAAAGACCUUCGGGAAGCACCGCCGUCCAGGGAUGUAUCCUUCGGCACCGACGUAACCUCAUACAGGUGCCUCACUGCAACGAGACCUUCGCGUCACACGUAUCGUGCAGUGCAGUCAGCCGGGCUAUGGCGCGGAAGGUGCGGGAAGGCUGCGGGAAAGAAGAGCUGCACCAGUGCGUAGUUUGUACCACAGUACUCCGCGGUGACUAUGCAUUCAAGAAGCACUUGGAGACCCACAAUGAGCCGUUCGGGGAAGAACACUUGAAGCUUCUAGCACAGAAACUCCCGGACGGACGCCUGGAAUGCCUCAUAUGUGGGACCGUAUUGGUUGACAAGCGGACCUUUCGGAUUCACUACCAGGGCUGCCACACGACUAAGAGACCGUUUGAAUGCCCCAUCUGCCGGAAACGCUUCAAGUUCUCCGUUACCUACAUCAACCACCGAGAGAUCCACUUUUCGAACAGACAGCGCUACGGGUGCAAAACCUGUGCCAAGGUGUUCUCUGGCAAAGCUCAGUUUCGAAUCCACGUUAAGGCGCAUUCGGCAAAAAAGGAGCGCUGCGAAGUGUGCUUCAAGUACUUUCCGGGUAACCGUUUACGAGCCCACUAUUACAAACAUACCAGGGACCUACGGGUGCGGUGCAAGGUAUGCGGAAAGGAAGUCAAGGAGAGCAGCAUGUAUACUCACAUCAACUAUGUGCAUCUCGGACGAGCUGAAAACGUGUGCGCCGUAUGUGGAGCAAAGUAUAGAAGUCCCCAUGCAUUCGUCGGCCACAUGCGAUGGCACACUGAUGAGCCCGUUGACGUGUGCAUCAUUUGUUCCAAGCCCUUCUAUAAUGAAGAUUAUUACGUAAGGCACAUGGAAGGUGCUCACGGAUGCGGGUCCAAGAAGUGGUCAUGCUCGAUGUGCACGAAAGAAUUUCUCACAAAGGGGCAGUUGCAAGCGCACACCCCGGUGCACACCAAGGAGAAGCCUUACAAGUGUGAAGUGUGUGGAAAGGGAUUUGCCUGGAAACACAAAGUCAAAGAUCACAUGAAGACGCACAGCGAAGAACGGCCGUUCCAGUGCAGCUUGUGUAGGGAGGCGUUUAAGUGGAAGCACAACCUCGCCAACCAUCACAGGGCAAAGCAUGUCUCUCCUUAAUGGCCGCAAAAUGACGCAACUCAAGGCAGGGAAGCAGGGUUUGUUCUCUUGAAGUUUAACAGAUAUCAGAUUUCGUAUGCAGCGACAUCGGGUUCCCAGUGCAGUUUACGGAGCUCAAAGCUCCAUAAACUUUUCCACUACGGCAGCCGAUGCAUGAUGGUGAUUUACGUAUACGACAUCAUGAACAGCAAGUAAAUCAUGACUAUGACAUGGGCUGAUUCACCGCCAGAGAGCAGAACGCUACCCCAUUACACGACACACGACGUGAACGCUACGUGUCUAUUGAAGCAACAACGCUGCAUAUCUCGACUUCCUUGAGUCUUUAUGUGGCCCUUCUUCCAGCGGUUUAGUCACGCGGUAGGUUAUUCUGUCGCCCGUAGUUCCUUCCUCUCCUUGUUCGCGGGCUCCUCGUCCCCGGAGUCCCCGUACCCUCGGUAGUACCCAGUACGAUACCCAGUACGAUACCCAGUACGAUAUCCCGGUUGGUUGUCGUACUGGUGUCCUUGGUAGCUGUCACUUCGGUAUCUGUCGUAGUAUAGUCUCUGGUAUGCGUCUUGAUGACAAUCUUGUGAUUGUAAUCUCUGGCCAACUUGGUAUCCUCCGCGGUGGCCAUCUCGAUAUCCGUGUAUGUAGCCAGUCAGGUAAUCUGACUUGUCAGUGUUUCUGCCUGUACAUGAGAGAGAGAAAGAUUUGGAGACCACUCCUAGUGGUUACCUAUGGAAAGUUAACCUACUUGCUCAAAUUGUUUUAAGUGUUUGCGGAAGCAGUGUACCGAAUUUUGUAUUUCGUUCUUUGAUUUUGUUCUGAUCUGUUUGUUACUUCUAUGUUUCUUUUCUGUGAAUUUCAAACUCUGUGGUAGAAAGUUAGUGGUGUGCGUUAUUGUAUUGUGCGAAUAAAGACGUGCCUGCUACUGAUAUUUA